UUCAAUUUCGUCUCUCACUCUCUCAAAUCUGAGAGUUCGAUUUUCCUCAAAUUCGAAGCUUCGGAGCUUAGGUUUUUGUGUGUGAAUAUAUACAUACGCGUAUACGUACAUAUAUAUUAUAUAUAUGUAUAUUUUCUGGUUGAGAGCAUUGUGGGGGUGAGGGUUUUGAUUUGGAACGAUGUGGAGCACGAUCGCUAACCUGAAGGAGAACCUGAAUAAGAUCGCGCAGGAUGUGCACGACGACGAAGACGAUGACGACCUCGAGAUCUAUGGCGCCGUUAAUGGAGGUGUUACCUCGCCGGUCUCUGAUAGGAGGAAUUCUCACGGGUUCGCACAUUCCAUGUCGGUCUCGCGAUCACCGCUCGCCAACGGCAUCGAUUCCGCCAACAAUCCCGAGAUUGAGCAGUACAAAGCAGAGGUCAAGAGGCUUCAGGAAUCAGAGGCAGAAAUUAAAGCAUUGUCAAUAAAUUAUGCAGCUUUGUUAAAGGAAAAGGAGGAUCAAAUUUCCAGAUUGAAUAAAGAAAAUGGCUCAUUGAAAAACAAUUUGGAAGCAACUACUGCAGCUCUAAACGUGUCAAGAAAUGGAACCAACGUGCCAAAGGGAAGUGGUGAUGUGUCACCCAACCGGCAACAUAAACUCACAACUCAAGCAAAAAACAGAUAUUUUGGAAAAGAAAUACAUAAUGGUGUUGUCUCUAAACAGGAUGGAAUGAGUAAUGGAAUUACACAUGCUGUUCAACACGAUGCCAUUCAUAGUAAGGUGGAAUCAAAAUACUCAAAUUUUCAGGGGAAAGAAAGGGAGUAUGCAGAUUCGCUAGAAACGAAUAAUAGGUCCUCGGCUGCAGUUCAGGGGACCGGUGAGAUCAGGCAAUUGCGGAUGGAACUUGAGAAGGAGCGUGAUCUUCUUAGAAAUAUACAGUUGAAAUUAGAAGGAGAACAAAAGCUUAACUCCUCUCUCCGAGAGGAGCUCAAAUCGCUUAAAACAGAAAAAGAUAAGACCUCCACUGACAUGAGCAAAAUACAUGCUGAGUUGAAUGAGAAAAUAUCCGCAGUAAGAAGAUUACAAAUGGAGCUGAGUAGAAGGGAGGAUGAAGGUGAUGACAUUGUUGAGAAUUUGAAGAAAUCUAUUGCGUCCCUGGAAAGGGAAAAUGCGAGCCUGAAGAUGGAGAAGAAUGAACUGAAGGCAGCUAUGGACAGGAUUGGAACAGACAAAAAAUCAUCGGUUGUUGCAGAGACUGUGACCAAACAUCCAAAUAAUCUGAAUGAGAAGGUAGAGCCAUCUGCAAGUUUUCCCGGAAGGGAAGAAAUGGAGUUGUCUUUGCAAAAAUUGGAUAAAGAGAUAAAGGAAACGCAGCAUGAAAGGGACAAAGCAUUACAAGAGUUGACCCGUCUUAAACAGCAUUUAUUAGAAAAGGAAUCUGAAGAGUCUGAAAAAAUGGAUGAAGAUAGUAAAAUCAUUGAAGAACUACGUGAAACUAAUGAGCGUCAAAGGACACAAAUAUUAUAUUUGGAGAAAGCUCUGAAGCAGGCAGUUGCAAAUCAAGAGGAAGUCAAGAUGAUUGGGAACAAUGAAGUUCAGAAAUUGAAGGAAGUAAUUGGCGACCUUAAUAAAAGGCUUGCAAACUCUACGAACACAAUAGAUGCCAAAAACGUUGAACUUCUAAAUCUUCAAACUGCUCUUGGUCAGUAUUAUGCUGAAAUUGAAGCCAAGGAACAUCUGGAAGGAGAUUUGGCUCGGGCAAGAGAAGAAUCAUCCAAGCUCUCUGAGCUACUGAAAAAUGCAGAUUAUCAGGCAGACGUAUUAAAAAAGGAAAAGGAGGAAAUAUUGUUUAAGCUUUUGCAAGCUGAAAGGACCGCAACAGAUUGGAAGAGCAGAGUAAAUAAACUUGAGGAAGAUAAUGCAAAACUGCGCCGCGCUCUUGAGCAGAGCAUGACUAGGCUUAAUAGGAUGUCAAUGGAUUCAGAUUAUCUUGUUGACAGACGUAUUGUGAUCAAAUUACUGGUUACCUACUUCCAGAGGAACCACAAUAAGGAGGUUUUGGAUCUUAUGGUUCGAAUGCUGGGAUUCUCUGAGGAAGAUAAACAGAGAAUAGGUGUUGCUCAACAGCAAGGUGCAGGAAAAGGUGUCGUUCGAGGAGUUUUGGGUCUACCUGGCCGCCUGGUCGGUGGCAUUUUGGGAGGAAGUUCUGGCCAACUACCCGCAAAUGCAGCAAUGGAUAACCAGUCAUUUGCAGAUCUGUGGGUUGAUUUUCUUCUCAAGGAAGGUGAAGAAAGAGAGAGAAGGGAAGCCAUGGAUGCUUCUGGCAAGGACAUGGAUGAGUUGCAUAAAACUCCAAAUAUUGCAAAUGCUGCUCCACCUUUGGCCGACCCUAAAACGUCGUCUGGUUUAUCAAGAACAACUCUAUCUCCAAGCCAGAACUCAAGUCCUUUUCCCUUUCGAGGUAAUGUUGGCCAAUCCGAUCAUUCUGAUUCCGAGUUCUCAACAGUUCCUCUCACGUCGUCAGAUAGCAAUUUUAAUAGCUCAAGACUGCUUCAAAAAUAUUGAAUAUAUUCUGCAUAAUGUAAUUAAUCAAAGGUAUAGAUUCUUAUGUGUUGAUGUUGUAGCCAUGCAAUUCUUGUUCAUUUAAUUCUUUCGCGUAAAUGAGUUUAUUGCACAGUUCCCUGGUACUUGUUUGAGUAGCCUAAUUAUAACUGUCGCAUUUAAAG